AUGUCAACAACAGCAAAAACUGGAGUAGACGAUGGCACACCACCUGAAUUAGAAAAUCUAUUAGAACUUGAUUCAUAUUUGAAGCCACACAAGGAUGAAAUUAAACGACGUUAUAAAGAAUUCAUGUUACAAGUUGAUCGAAUAAAUGUCGAAGAAAAUGGUAUUGAUACAUUUACAUCAGCUUAUAAACAUUAUGGUGUUCAUCUCGAUAGUCGUACCAAUGAAAUUAAAGUUAAAGAAUGGGUGCCCGGCGCACGUGCUGUUUAUAUUCGCGGAGAUUUCAAUCAGUGGCAAGAAAAACAAUACCCAUUAUCACGUGAUCAAUGGGGUAAAUGGACAAUUACUAUUCCACCGUUAGCUGAUGGUUCACCAGCUAUUAAACAUGGACAAGCCGUUAAGUUACUCAUCGAAACACCUAGUGGUGAAUUGGUCGAUCGCCUUUCUCCCUGGUCACGUUAUGUUCAAGUCGGCAAGAACACGAAUGUAUACCACGGUGUUUUCUAUAAUCCACCAGUUGAUCAAGUUUAUAAAUUUAAAAAUACUCGACCAAAAAAGAAAGAUCGUUUGAAAAUCUAUGAAGCACAUAUUGGAAUUAGUUCGUGGAAAGGUGAAGUUGCAACAUAUGAAAAUUUCCGUGUUAAUGUUCUUCCGCGAAUCGUCAAACAAGGUUAUAAUACAGUUCAAUUAAUGGCUAUUAUGGAACACGCUUAUUAUGCUAGUUUUGGUUAUCAAGUAACUAGCUUUUUUGCUGCUUCAAGUCGAUUUGGUACACCUGAAGAAUUAAAAGCCUUAAUUGAUGAAGCACAUGGACUUGGUUUAACUGUUCUAUUGGAUCUUGUUCAUAGUCAUGCUUGUAAAAAUACAUACGAUGGUCUAAACAUGUUCGAUGGCACAAAUAGUUGUUUUUUUCAUGGAUCUCCACGAGGUUUUCAUGAUCUUUGGGAUAGUCGAUGUUUCAAUUAUACGGAACGUGAAGUAUUACGAUUUCUUCUUUCGAAUGUUCGAUACUGGUUAGAAGAAUUCAGAUUUGAUGGAUUUCGAUAUGAUGGUGUUUCAUCAAUGCUUUAUCAUUCACAUGGCAUUGCACAUGGGUUUUCCGGUUCCUACGAUGAAUAUUUUGGUUUAGCAACUGAUACGGAAUCAUUUAAUUAUCUUCAAUUAGCUAAUUAUGUUUCACAAACAUUAUAUCCAGAAUCUAUUACGAUUGCAGAAGAAGUAUCAGGAAUGCCAACAUUAUGUCGUCCGAUAGCUGAAGGUGGUGGUGGAUUUGAUUAUCGUUUAGCUAUGGCUAUUCCAGAUGUUUGGAUAAAAUUAUUAAAAGAGAAAGCAGAUGAAGACUGGCAAUUUGGCGAUAUAACAUGGACAUUGGCUAAUCGCCGAUGGUCAGAAAAAAAUAUUGCCUAUGCUGAAAGUCAUGAUCAAGCGCUUGUUGGCGAUAAAUCGAUAGCGCAAUGGCUAUUUGAUGCAGAAAUUUACACUAAUAUGUCAGUUUUCAGUGAUCGUACUCCAAUCAUCGAUCGUGGUUUAGCGUUACAUAAAAUGAUUCGUUUAAUCACCUAUGGAUUGGGUGGAGAAGGUUGGCUAAAUUUCGAAGGUAAUGAAUUUGGUCACCCAGAAUGGCUCGAUUUUCCUCGAGCUGGAAAUAAUGAUAGUUACCAUUAUGCUCGUCGUCUUUUCUAUCUAACUGAAGAUGACACAUUGAGAUAUAAAUUUCUUAAUGCAUGGGAUCAAGCUAUGAAUAGUCUUGAAGAAAAAUAUCAAUGGCUAUCAGCUAAAAAUACAUAUAUAAGUCGAACUCAUCAAGGUGAUAAAGUUGUUGUGUUUGAACGUGGUAAUAACGGUUUAUUAUUUGUCUUUAAUUUUCAUACAAGUCAAAGUUUUACUGAUUAUCGUAUUGGCUGUGGUCAACCGGGAAAUUAUAAAAUUGUACUCAGCUCGGAUGCAAAAUCAUUUGAUGGUCAUGAUCGUAUUGAUAUGAAUCAAGUAUUUACAGCUGAAGACUAUAAGAUUGAUGGACGACCCUAUUCAUUUCGAGUCUACACACCAUGUCGUUCGGCUUUCGUACUUGCUCUAGUAGAUGAUGCCAAAUAA